GUUCGUCAUUGAGCGUCCAAGGAUUGGGCUUUGCAAGACCGCGUCCACGGGGAGGUAACAGGGAGACUAACACCCCGAGGCCGUCUUGCCUGCGACAUUCGUUGUUUUCCAUGAGGAAUCCUGUGCAAUCGAGUAGCUCCCCUUUACCACCCAGAAGAUUGUUCGGUGUCCCCAACGCACUAGGGAUCCAGUUACAUGGAGAUGCUAGUCCGCCUUCCGCAAGUUGGGAUGAUAGGCAAUCUUCGGCAACAUCCCCACCUCGGAUUCAGCCUAGAGCAAGCUUCCCACAUGGGCACACGGUGAAGUCCUCAACCUCUGAGCGCCCACCAAUUCCUAGUGCGCUCCAUGGCGGAGAGUCGGGGAUGACCCCCCUCCCCAUUCUGUCCAUGACAGUUUUGUCUAUUACCAUGCUUGGAGAGUUCUUGUCUGCUAAUGUAGCCAUGCCAUUUCUGUUAUUCAUGGUGAAGGGGUUCCACGAGUUUGAAGACGAGGCAGACGUUGCCUUUUAUACAGGUGUACUAGUGGCCGCGUUCUUCUUCACUCAGUUCUUCACGUCUCUCCUAUGGGCCACUGUUGCUGAGCGGCACGGUCGUCGAAUUGUCCUGACACUUUCGCUAUUUGGCAGCGCAGUUACUGUUAUGAUUUUUGGUACAUGCACCUCUCUCCGUCAGGCCCUUGUCGCUCGCCUUCUCCAAGGUAUCUUCGCAGGGGCGGUGGGGGUUGCGCGUGGAACUGUCACGUCAGUGACCGAUAUCACAAAUGACGGACGAGCGUAUGCGAUCUUGGGUUUCUGUUGGGGGAUCGGUGGUGUGGCGGGCGCAAUCAUUGGGGGGUCGCUCGAACAACCUGCGGAGAAGUGGCCAGAAACUUUUGGACAGGUACAUAUUUUGGUGAAGUACCCCUACCUUCUUCCGUGUGCCGUGGCCGGAAGUAUCACUAUGAUUGGUUCGUUCUUGUCCCUGUUCCUGACCCGUGACGGAGGACCAAGGGGAGGCGCGAUUCGCUUGCCUCUGGAAAAAGCCUCAAAUCAACCAUUGGUGAUACCCGAAGAAGCCGAUACGGUUGAUCCACGAAGCAGAGAGUCGCCGUUAGGCAUUAUAGGGUCAUUGAAGAAGAAGUGGUCGGGUCGACUGCCGGGGUUCCUUUCACCAUCGUCUCUAUACUUCGGUGCCAAGAAUCCUUCCGCGACCUCCGUUCCUCUCUUGUCAUCGCCCCUGGAUCAACCCCAUGCUCAGGCAGCUCGAUUCAGUGGGUCAGCGUACGGGUACAACGGAAAUCAUGGGCUUGCUAGCUCACUAAGUCGUGGAAGCAUGGAGAACAGACUGAGGCGGCGAAGGGAGUACCAUGAUGGAAGAUCGUUCACGGACCGUGAUUACUCAGACCUCAAUUUUACCCAAAAGCUUCUGUUGGCGAAUGAGAACGCGGUGACAAACAUUGCUGAUCUUUGGGUUGCGGCCGCGAUGAAUGUAGACAAGGAGGAUUUAUACUCAAACCGUGAAGUAUACUCAGCAGAAGACGGGGUAUUUCGCGAGGAAUAUACUGAUCGGGAUGCCACCGGGUCGUUACAUUUGGAUCGCGCACCCCAAGACGCCAACAGCGUUGGGCAUGCCGGCAUCAUAGCACAUCGUACCUCUCCUGGCGUUCGAAGCAUAUUCUCUCAUCCAGGUGUGCGCACGCCAUCUGCUGUUCUCGACGCAUUGGCUCGCGCGGAAAUGGACUGGGGAACCUCUCCUGUUCCCAACCGGACUCACGCAGGUGGCGUGGAGGACGAUGGCAUUGACAGGACUCCGUCACUUGCAUCGCAAUUACCCAUCCCCAUCAUUAUUCAGUACGGCUUGCUAGCACUUCACAGCACCACACAUGAUCAAAUUUUCUUGUCGUACCUCGUGACUGACUACCAAUCUGGAGGCCUUAACCUCAACCCUGCCGAUUUCUCGCAGCUCAUUGCAUUGAUGUGUCUCGCACAGAUCGUGUAUCAAUUUUACCUUUAUCCGAAUAUCGGGCCACCCAGGGGGCGUUUCUCCCACCUUUCCAUGUUUCGCCUAGGAUCGUUAUUAUUCAUUCCGGCAUACUUAACUGUAACCAUAUAUCGCGUUUUUGCCAGCCCUUCUGCUGAAAACAAUUUCAUCCUGUUGUCUGCCCUUGCUCUCAGCACUGCGGUGCGCUUUUGCGGUACUACUUUCGGAUAUACCGCAGUGUCUAUCCUUCUCAAUUACAUGACGCCCCCACAAGCUGUGGGUUUUGCCAACGGCGUAGCGCAGAGUAUAGUGAGUCUCGCGCGUUGUCUUGGGCCUAUUCUGGGAGGCUACGUGAGUGUGCAGCUCGUUUCAUGACACCAUUACAUUGAAUAUGUCCAGCUCUGGUCCAUAAGUACCCAGAAUAACCCCUCUGGAUAUCCGAUGGGUUUCUUCGCCUGCGCAGGUGCAUGUGGAAUUGCUGUGGCCCUUAGCCUUCUCAUUCGAUGAGC